AUGGGGGAAACCAUGGCAAGGGAGAAGAGAGGCCAGAUCACGGGCAUGGAUGACGGCACUAGUGGAGGGAGCAAGGCGGCACUGGGCAAGGGCAAUUGGGCGACGCCAGUGGAACGGACUUGGGUCGCAUGGAAGGCGACCAUAGGCCCAGAUGGCGUCGGAAAGCCAUGUGGUGGGAGACUGGUCGGUGGCGCCCCAGCAAGAGGUUCGAAUGACACCUUGAGCGACAUCCUGGCUUCUAGCGGCUCCAUGGCUGUGUGA